ACUGUCAACACCAACUACGCUUCUCGGCUUCCUCUGUGAUUUAAUUGAGGAGAUACCCAUAGUGUAGCUAGCUCACAAGUUAAAAAAAAUGUUUCCUUAGCAGAUAAUAUUUCACGCGCAAAAUGCGAUGCUAUGUUCACGCAUUUCUCCUGUGUAUGGUCUUCACUUUCCUCUCACUAUUGUAUGUGUUCAGUCAGCUAGCCUCCACACUGGAGGACAGGGUCGAGUGGAAUGUGAAAGCUAACAGCAUACCCCACAGGAGCACUCACGACACAGGGAAGAUUACCAGGAAAACACCGGGACUGACAGGCCUCCCAGACCGUGACAAGGAGCUGGACAGGUGUAAAUCACUAUCAGUUUCUUACUGGAAUCCGUAUUGGAGACUGCCUGCUGAUGUUUGUGGAGUGAACUGCUUAUUGGAAACAUCUUUUAGUGAGAGGUCACGCUCUGUUCCCAAGGGGCGUAAUGAUGAGAGAAGUCACCUGGCUGUGGUGGCCUGUGGCCCUAGGCUAGAAGAAACUCUCACCAUGCUGAAGUCUGCCAUUCUCUUCAGCAAAAAGCCUCUUCACUUCUACAUCUUUGCUGAGGAUGAACUACAUGACAGCUUCAGAAAUGCUUUGGAAGCAUGGCCUAAGACUGUCCAGGCAAAGUUUACCAUCUCCAUCUACCCGAUCUCAUUCCCCAAUGAAAAUGCAAAAGAGUGGAAGAAGCUCUUCAAACCUUGCGCCUCUCAGAGGCUCUUUCUACCUCUGAUCCUAAAGGAGGUGGACUCUUUGCUCUAUGUAGAUACAGAUAUUCUUUUUUUGCAGCCAGUAGAGGAUAUCUGGGCCCUUCUUUUGCAGUUCAAUUCAACCCACUUGGCUGCCAUGGCUCCAGAGCAUGAGGAGCCACGUAUUGGCUGGUACAACCGUUUUGCCCGCCACCCUUACUUUGGCAAGACGGGCAUCAACUCAGGGGUCAUGCUCAUGAACAUGACACGUCUCAGGGAAAAAUCUUUCAAGAAUGACAUGACAGCUGUUCCACUUAAGUGGGAGGAAGUUUUGAUGCCUCUUCUCCAGAAGUAUAAACUCAAUAUCACCUGGGGUGACCAAGAUCUUCUUAAUAUCUUAUUUUACCAUAAUCCAGAAAGCCUAUAUGUAUUCCCAUGCCAGUGGAACUACCGGCCAGACCACUGUAUGUAUGGCAGCAAUUGUCAACAGGCUGAACAAGAGGGUGUCUUUAUUCUCCAUGGUAACAGAGGAGUUUAUCACACUGAUAAGCAGCCAGCAUUUCGGGCUGUCUAUGAAGCCAUCCAAAAGUACCCGUUUGGCGAGAACAUGGAGGUCUCACUGCUUCAGCCGCUGGAAGCGUGGCUGCAGACAACCACACAUACCUACUGUGGCAGAGCUAGCCAUCUAUUUACCAAGAGGCUAAAACAGAUCAUCAAAUCUAUACAACAAGAUGCAACACGGAAAAGAUGAUGGUAAUCACCUUCAAACACCAGUCUGUUAUUAGUGCCUAAUGUCGCUCUGUUACCUUUAAAUUACUUCUGUGCAGACGAAGAGCUGGAAGAGUCAACAUCAAACAGACACUCAUACAAACUGUAUAAUAACAUGAUGGAAAUGGAGGAGAAUGAUCUGUGGAACUGGUUUAAAAUGUUAUAUGAUACCAGUGUUGGUACAUGUCUGACCAAUGAAUUCAAAGUCAAGUUACACAUGCUUUCUCGUUUUAAUGGAAAAUGCACUAAGUCCACUUUGCCCAGGAGAGAUUUUAGACUUCACGCUGACAAGGACACUUCCUUUGUUAAAGACAAUCAGGUAGCAACACUUUAUUUUUUACAGAAAUCACAAUAACUUUGUGUCAUUGUCUAAGGAUUUUAUGAGAAAAAGAAAUGUUGACUUACUGAGAGUAUUCUAUUAGAAUUUUAAUAUAAUUGUGUUUACAUGUUGUUUAUUUUUUACUAAAUAUAUCUUUAAAAAGUCAUUAUUUUCAGGUACUUGUUAUUUUUUAUUGGAUACUUUCAUUUUGUAUCAUCGAGCAGUAUUUAGUUCUUGUUGGACAUCUGUCAUGUCAUUUUCUCCCCUGCAGAAUGCAUUGAUUCCUGUACUGUGGACGUGGUAUGAGUUAUUUAAUUUACUUUAGCUAUAAAAAUGCAUUUUUUGUAUAACUGGUGUAUGCUCUGAAAUAAGUCAGCAUCAUGAAAUUGCUUCUAGAUAGGUUUAUAAAAACAAACAAA